GCCGGCUCCUCCCAUUGGCUGCGGCCGCACCCUCUUCCCACACGUGUUGCGAUUGGCUCCGGGCUCUGGGGCGGGAUUUCCGGGCGGGGACAAUGCCGGCUCGUCAUUGGCUGGCUCUGUCCUUGCCCUGGGAGCGAGUCUCGGGCGAGUCCACGUGGUUUCUGCCGGGGAGGCCGGUGAUGCUGGGGUAACCAUGGCGACCCUCUUCAGUCACGAUGGGGCCGAGGUGGUCCAGAGGGCCCUGGCUGUCAAGGAGUCGAGCGGCAGGACCCCUGCCGAGGCCCUCGAUGAGUUCUACGAGCUGGAGCGAGCCGCGGCCUUCGUCACAGCGAGCGGGUUUCGCAGGGUUGCCCUGCAGUUCCCCGACGAGCUCCUGGCAGACUCAGCCGCCGUCGCAGCCAAGAUGGAGGAGGCGACCGGCAGCAAAAUGUACAUCCUGGGGGACACGUCGUACGGCAGCUGCUGUGUGGACGAGGUGGCUGCGGAGCACGUGGGGGCGGAGGCCGUGGUGCACUAUGGCCCAGCGUGUCUCAGCCCCUGCAGGAAGUUGCUGGUGCUGCACGUGUUUGGCCGGCAGCCUCUGGACACGGAGCGCUGCGCCGGGGCCUUCCGGGAGCUCUACCCUGACCGCCAGAGCCACGUGGUGGUGCUGAGUGAUGUGGUCUACGCCCAUGCGCUAGGUGAGCUGGAGCAGCUGCUGGGCCCGGAGUACCCCCACGUCGUCUUCUCCCGCCUGGCGAGUGACGAGGCCCCCAACUGCCCGCAGGGCCCGGGGCUGGUGCGGCAGUUCGGGCGCCUCUUUGCAGUGGAGACGCAGAGCGGGCUGAAGGACUACGCCAUGUUCUACGUGGGCGCCGAAGGCCUGGCCCUCACCAACUUCAUGCUGAGCUGGAACCACUGCCCCUUCAGCUCCUUCGACCCGGCCACGGGCCACGGCCGGCGCGAGAGCCUCGACAGCAACCGGGCGCUGCUGCGGCGCCUCUACCUGGUGGAGCGGGCGCGGGACGCCCGCGUGGUGGGCAUCCUGGUGGGCACGCUGGGCGUGGCCGGCUACCUCUCCAUCCUGGAACACUUGCGGGGCACCCUGAGCCGGGCCGGCAAGCGCAGCUACACCCUGGCCAUGGGCAAGCUGAGCCCCGCCAAGCUGGCCAACUUCCUGGAGGUGGACGUCUUCGUGCUGGUGGCCUGUCCCCAGAACUCCCUGCUGGACUCCAGGGACUUCUACCGGCCCGUGGUGACACCCUACGAGCUGGAGCUGGCCUGCAACCCAGCCCGGGAACGGAGCAGCCUCUACGUCACUGACUUCAGAGACCUGCUGCCAGGUGGCUGUGCACAUGUCGGCUUCCCAGACACGGUCCCCGGAGAAGGCGACGUUCCCGAUGUGUCACUGAUCACUGGGGAGCUGCGCGCAGCUGGGCUCUCCAGCUCCCCGGCCCCAUCCUCCAGCUCUGCCCUGGCCUGCAGGAACCCGGCGCUCGCACUGGCCGAGAUCAGCCCGGCGGCUUCCUUCCUGGAGUCGCGCAGUUGGCGGGGCUUGGAGCAGCAGCUGGGCCAGACGCCCGUGACAAAGGCCGUGCCGGGCCGGAGGGGGAUCGCGAUCGCCUACGAAGACGAGGCUUGUGGGUGACCCUGACCCUGCGGGACGCCACUGCUGGCCGUCUGCAGCUCAGUCCUGGGGCCGAUGCCAAGAGUGGCCCUCUCCCGCUGGGGCCUGGCAUUGGAGACUGGGGAGUGCAGGAUCCUUGGGGCUGCUGGUGACGCUGGCCUGGAUACAGCUGUGCCUUAGAGAACCCGAUGGCAUUCGGGGUGCGACUCCGCAGGGCAGGCGGACACCCCCGGCCCACUCCCCCACGAGCCUCCAUGGCCACCUUGGACAGAGGGCACAGGGGAGUGACCUCCCCUCCUCGCUACCCCAGCCGGCAGCGACCAGGGGCAAGGCCUGGGCUGGGCAGGGCCUGGCCUCCGCCCUGAGCCUGGGUCCCCUGCCCAGCGCCGGGGGGCAGGUAGAGGAGCUCGGCGUCCCCCCGGCUCCCCUGGCAGCGCUAGCCUGAGGACAGCGAGGCCAGGCAGCCGUGGUUGAAGGCGGGAGGCGGCGCCCAGGCAGGCCUGGCCCGGAGCAGCAGCGCCAGGGAGCUCAUCCAAGCCGGAACAGGCCUGGGGCUGCUGCCAGAGGCUCCACGGACCUGCCCUGGGGGGCCUGUGUGUUCCCCUCCCCCCUGCCCUGGCUGUGCCCGCGGCUCUGAGCUCCUCACAGUCUGCGGGCUAAAGGUUUGUGAAGGCGAAGCCAGGCCAGCGCUGAGGGGGCGGAGGAGUGGAGCUGAUGCCUGCCCACAAGCCCCCUGCUGCAGUUUGCUCCCGCUGUGGCCUUGGCCCUGGUUUAGCAGCACCUGCCGGACCAGCCGAGUGAGGGGGAGGCCCUGCUUCCAUCUGGUGCGUCCAGGCCUGGCAUGACCUUCCCAGGGUCACAGGACGAGUGGCAGAACCAGUAAGAGCCCGGGUCUCCCCAGCGCCCAGCCCUGGGCCCCGGCUGCCCCUGUCACGCUCCCGUCCAGCACCGCACCACCCCUCGCUCGCCUGCUCCUCCAGCCUGCCUGGCAGCCCCUCCGGCUCCACCCCUGCCCCCAGGCCCGCUGGAUGGGGUGUUGCUGGCCGUGUGUGGAACCACUGAGCCUCGGUUUCCCUGCCGUGGUGACCCAGCUCUGCCCCUCCCUGUCCAAAACAUGUAGGAAAUGACCUGAACGCUUCGCUUCUCUCCAGCAGACCGGCCUCCCCAGCCUGCCCUGGGCCUACCUCCCCUGCCCCCCACACGCACUGCCCGCUCUCCUCCUCCCUGCCCAGACGCCUGCCCCCUGCUCCAACAGGGCCUUCAGGUGGUCCAUUAACCCCUUCUUGCCUGGGGCGGAAACCCGUGUGCCCCCUUACAUGGAGAUGGGCUGCGUAGGGUGGCCAGCCCUCCAGGAGUGCCCUGGGGUCACCAGGAAUUAAAGGGUAAUCUUGGGAAAGCACAUGUCAUGGUAUGAAACCUCCAGGGACACGUCCCCCCAACACUGACAGCCCCAGCUCUGCGUGGGGGCUGUUCCCUGGCCUGGGUGCGUCACACUCACUGGUCACAAGGGGCCCUGCCAGCUGCUGGCACAGCACAUUACAGGGCGUGGCGUCGGGGUGCUGGCCCUAAGAAGGGCCAGACUGGCUCAAACCAAAGGUCCGUCCAGCCCCAUGUCCUGUCUGCCAACAGUGCCCGCUGCCAGGGGCCCCAGAGGGAAUGAACAGAAGAGGGCAUCGCCCAGCGAUCCAUCCCAUCGCCCAUUCCCAGCUCCUGGCAAACAGCCUAGGGACACCAUCCCUGCCCAUCCUGGCUAACAGCCAUCGAUGGACCUACCCUCCAUGAAUUUCCCUAGUUCUUUUUUGAACCCUGUUACAGUCUUGGCCUUCACAACAUCCCCUAACAACCAGUUCCACAGGUUGACUGUGUGGUGUGUGAAGAAAUACUUCCUCUUGUUUGUGUUUAACCUGCUGCCUGGAAUGAAUGAGCCACCCAAACAUGAACUCUCAUCCUUU